AUGAGAAGAGGUAAUUCCUUGUUAAAUAGAUUGUUUAAAAUCUUAUGAGUAAGAUGAAUAAACGUCGGAAUUUUGAUUGAAAUUAAUACGUUGAAAUAGUUCUUAAAAGUAUAAAUCAACCACAAAUUCAGUGCAUACAUAUGUAAGUGAGGGCGCGAUCAGUAUUUUCCUACGAUACAAGUCCAAAAUGUCAGACAUCGAUAAAUGGAUGGAAAUUGCAAAAGAAUGCAAGUAUCUCCCCGAAAAUGAUCUUAAGUUCUACGAUCUAGAAGAAUUAUUCCGUAAUGGAGGCGCUGUGCCUGAAACAAAUUAUAUAUUUAUGGGAGAUUUUGUAGAUAGAGGGUAUUAUAGCGUAGAAACAUUUACCCGCCUACUCACACUUAAAGCUAAAUGGUCUGAUAGAAUAACAUUACUUCGAGGAAAUCAUGAAUCCAGACAGAUUACUCAUGUUUAUGGUUUUUAUGUUAAUUGAUGAACAAGUACUUUGUGUACAUGGUGGAUUGUCUCCAGCUAUUAAAACAUUAGAUCAAAUUAGAACGAUUGAAAGAAAUCAAGAAAUCCCACACAAAGGUGCUUUUUGUGAUUUGGUUUGGUCAGAUCCAGAAGAUGUUGAAUCGUGGACUAUUAGUCCGCGUGGAGCAGGCUGGUUAUUUGGAAGUAAAGUAACAUAUGAAUUUAUGGAAAUCAACGACCUUAAACUUAUUUGUAGAGCUCAUCAAUUGGUUCACGAAGGUUAUAGAUACAUGUUUAAUGAUAAGCUUGUAACAGUAUGGUCAGCUCCAAAUUAUUGUUAUCGUUGUGGAAAUGUAGCUAGUAUUUUACAGUUCACAACUGUCGAUCAGAGAAACCCAGUGCUAUUCCAGGCAGUGCCUGAUUCUGAAAGAGUAAUUCCACCUUUAAAUAUCACACCGUACUUUUUGUGAUCUAACCUAGUGUUCCAUUUGUUUGGAUGCAGAAAGGUAGUAUCUGCGUCUAGACGUUACGAAAUUACAUGACUGUUUCUUCAUGUUGAUGGACACAGGCUGGUACUUUGACGGAGCAUUAUAUUUUCGAACAUGGAUUAAAGUAUGAUACAUUAUUUAGAAUUUUAAUUUAAAAAAUUUUUUUAUGUUUUUAUAAGAAAACAUAUUUUUACGCGUUUUUUAAGAAAUUUAUCCAUUUUUGUAUGUUAAGAAAUUAACUUUUAUAUAUCGUGCGCCUGCCAUUGCAUCAGCCUGAUUCUCCUAGUUUGAAAAAUGUUUCGCAUUGAAAUAUGAAAUGUGAACACUGUGGUCUAGACGCUUUUGCUGUCUACUGUGUACAUUCUGUAGAGCAUUCGCAUCUCAGAGCAGUAUUUUCAACGUAUAGUUCGAAGAACUUCUAAAUAAGUUACGAACACCAACAAUAAAAGGUUCAGCGAUGUAUGAAUGAAUAAAUGAAAAACCAUUUAAACAUUCCGAAGUGGGAGAGCCUCUGAGUAUAGUGAAUGCUUAAUUGAUAUUAUGAUCGUUGUGCGUAGAAUUCAGGUUUAUUAAAGCGUGAGCAUAUAUACUACUGUUAAGGUCUUCCUGAGUAUGUAAUUGAUCUGUUUCUGGUUUAGAUACUGUGUGUGCUGCGUGCAAUUCUUUUUAUUCUAGAUGCGCAAUCAGUGUUCUUAGCAGCAUAAAGUCGGCGGUUCUGCCGAGGUACAAAUAGUAUGUAGCAGUAGCCAAAGUUUUCCUGUCUAGGUAAGGAAAUUGAGUAGAAAAAUUGUAUUAUAUAAUAGAAGUUCUGUUAUUAUUUUUAUGCACAUGACAAUUUUAUAUUUCAGUCUCUUUUUUCCUUCUUAAGAGCUCAAAAUACUAUCUGCAAAAUAUUAAAUCUUAAAAAGUAAUUGAAAUUUUUUCAUAGUAUCGGCCUUUUUAGCCAUGUUCUACUUUUAUGUGUACAGAGCAAUAGUUUGAAUAUUAUUAUUAUAUUCUCGGAAUCUUUGUACAGUUUCCACAUUAUAUGCCAAAUCGCUGUCAUACUGAAUAAUUAUAAUAGCUAGAUUGUCAUAAGUUCAUUAAUGUAGGGAGCAACUUUUAAGAACCAAGACCCUUAGCAAUGUGCCUCUAAAUUAAUAAGCGUUUGUGUAAUAUAAUGAUACGAUAUUGAUACAUAAUUAAUGGAACGCACCGGCCAUUGCGUAUCAUAAGCCUGAAUUCUGACCAUCGAUUUGCUAGCUCAUGAUAUUCCUAACCGAUCACAGACCCAACAAAUAUGGCAUUGGCAUUGGCACUGGCUGUCAAGUUGAAACUACUCUAUUUUGAGUUUUGUGAUAUAGUUCAAGCGAGGCAUGUGAAAAUUGCAUCGAUGUUUGUAACGAUUUUCCAUGUCGGAUCGUUUGAAAAUGUUUUGAAGACUUGUUAUUUC